AUGUACUGCAACCUUUUGAUAAACGANUUCGCAGAGCAAAGUGUUAUCGAUGAGUUUGAACGUAACUAUUGUCCCGACAAGGCCAUUUGGUGGUAUACACGCGAGUGUUUUACCUACCAAAUGCUCAAUCAAGCACUUCGCACUUUGGAUGGCGAAGUCAUUAUUAACAUGGGGUUUUUCCUCCAUGACUUACACAAACAAAUACAACAGCUACACCAAGAACAGGUCAGUAAUUACGAACAAAAACCUUUCGUAGUCUACCGUGGACAGGGACUAUGUAAGACAGAUUUUGACCAGUUAUCAAAAACUGUAGGUGGUCUUUUAUCUUUUAACAACUUCUUAUCCACCAGUAUCAAACCACAGAAAUCUCUUGAGUUCACCUACAGUGCUCUCGGUGAUCCCGACAAGGUGGGUGUUCUGUUCGUGAUCACAAUUGAUCCGAAUAUUCCUGCAACUCCAUUUGCAUCGAUUGGGGAUUUUAGUCACUUCAAAGACGAAGCGGAGAUCCUGUUUUCCAUGCACAGCGUGUUUCGAGUCCGUACAAUUCGAGAAGUGGGUGACAAAAGUAAACUUUACCAUGAGGUGCAACUCCAGUUGACUGCUGAUGACGAUCCACAACUGCGUGUGUUAACGGACCGUAUUGAAAGUGAAGUUCGAGGUAGUACAGGGUGGAAACGUUUGGGCAAUUUAUUGCUUAGACUCGGGCAGUUGGAUAAAGCCGAAGAACUGUACACUGUGUUAUUGGAACAAACGUCUGAUAAGAAUGACAGAGCACUCUAUUAUCAUCAACUUGGCUGCUUAAAAGAUGAUCAGGGUGAUUAUAAAAUGGCUAUAGAAUACUAUGAAAAAGCACUUGAAAUUAGAGAAAAAAGUCUUCCUUCGAAUCAUCCUUCGCUGGCUACUUCGUACAACAACAUCGGUUUGGUGUAUGACAACAUGGGAGAGUAUUCGAAAGCACUUUCAUUCUAUGAAAAAGCACUUGAAAUUAAAGAAAAAAGUCUUCCUUCGAAUCACCCUUCGCUGGCUACUUCGUACAGCAACAUCGGUGGGGUGUACGUGAACAUGGAAGAAUAUUCGAAAGCACUUUCAUUCUAUGAAAAAGAUCUUGCAAUAUGCGAGAAAACUCUUCCUUCGAAUCACCCUGAUUUGGCUACUUCGUAUAACAACAUCGGUACGGUGUACUACAACACUAAGGACUAUUCGAAAGCACUUACUUAUUUCGAACGCGCUCUGGACAUUCGUCAACGUGCAUUACCGGCGAAUCACCCUCAUAUAAAAACUGUAAGAGAAAGUAUCGAAAAUUGUAAAAGAGCAAUGAAGAAAUAA